UUAGAUGCAAGCAAUAUUUUGCCUCUUCGCUGAACUUCCCCACUCUUCUGUAGAAAUUUUCUUUGAAUUGAUCGUUGUAACCUUCUCUCUCUCUCUCUCUCUCUCUCUCUCUCUCUCUCUCUCUCUCUCUGUGUGUGUGUGUGUGUGUGUGUGUCUCCACAACUCCCAGCUCAGAAACCCAGGUUUCUCUGCCAAUGAAUACUGUCUUUUUUUUUUCAAGUUUGCUUCAGAAAUUAGCAGUAUAUAUGCUUUAGUUUGUCUUGUGUUGAUUUCAUAAUUUCUGUACUUCCGAUUUAUAAAGGUGAUCGCAGUAGCCUUCAAUAUGCCAACAGAAGUUGCAUAUGGGGUGUAUAACUUCUAUUGUCAUAGUUCGAUCCUGUUUCCUUUUCCUUCUCUAGAAUUUUUAUCUCCAAUAGUUGUCACAAAAAAAAAUAAUCGGAUUAGCUUCUUUUAUCUCCAAGCCAAUAGAUAGUUUCCUUCACAAAAUUCGUUGCAAGCAAGCUCAUGAAGCAGUCUUCUUUUGAAUAUUUCUUCUCUUGUUUUCCAUCUAACUUCUUUAUUCUACUAAAUACUUUCAUUCUUGCUUUCCUUCAUUUAUCCAUACCGAACUUUCUUUUUUGUAGAAAUAUUGAUGGGAGUGCAUCUGAUGUAAUAAGUGCUAUUGCCAUAUAAGUUCUUAUUCACCUUUUUCAUUUUUUUAAUUUGUAGUUCAACAUUUGAAUCCCAUCCUCUCUUGAUUUAUGAUAAUUUACUACAUCAUGGGAUUUCUGAUGUUUCCUUGCCGCUUCAUAGAAAUAAGCACAGCAGAUUUAUUGAUGUAUACUGUGCAUGUUUAAUUUUUUAUUUAUGAUCACAAUUAUUUUACAAUAAAAUUUCCCCCUAGAUUUGUUUAUGAAAACAGAAGAAUUUUUUUUAGCCAAUUAGUCUUUGCUCAGCCAAUUGGCAUCUCUCUCCUCUCUGCUUACACUGGGAGAGGUCUCGAGUUUGGCUGGGAAUGGUGGCAAGAGCCAUUAUUUUUUCUUAAAAUAAGACUGUGUUUUCCCUAUUUUCCCAAUCAUCAGCUUCUUCAACUUCAGAGAUACUGUCUGCAGAUUUUCUUUUUCUUUUGUUUGGAAUGCAGUAACAUGACUCAACUCAUCAUCUUUCCCUGCCACUUUAACACUGUCAUCCCAUAAAUUAUUAGAGGAAAAAAGUUAUGCUUUAACUUGGAUUUCUUCGCAAAUAGGAUAUACUAUUAAAUCUUGUUAGCAUAACAGAUGUAGAUUUGAUUUUCUUUUCUUCUUCUUUUUUUCCCCAGACUUGUGAAGUUUUUUAUACAUUUUCCCUAGUUUUUAUCUUUCUGACCAAAUUUCUACCUCUCUCCUUCCAUCUUUUUCAGUGUCUGGAAGGAUUUAUAACCGAGGAACUGGGUUGAGAUUUUAAAACAUCAUUGCCUUUCUCGGAGAGGAAAAGAGCAUAUAAUUCUAGGAUUCCUUUACUGAUUUCUUUGCACAGUAUGUUUCAUCUUUCCCUAAGUUUUGUUUGGAACAAAUAACUUGAAAACCAAGCAUAGAAUAUUUUUCAGUCUGGUUUUGCAUGAGAUUCUAGAGCUGUUAACUUCUAUGGAUAACCUUUGUGUUGCUUCUUCUUUCAAAUAUGCUUUUCUUGCAUGAGCAUACUGGCUCCAAAUUUUCCUUUGCAGCUCGGAUGCAUGGAAUAGUAGUACAAAAUCCUAUAGAGUUUUGGAAAAACAUCAAGAGUUUUUUAUACUGAUUCUGGUUUCAGCUCGAGCCCGAAGAAUUCAUAGGAAGGUACCUGGAGAUGGGAUGUUCAACUUCAAAAUUGGAUGAUCCGGAGGCUGUCCGGAUCUGCCGGGACAGAAAGAAUUUUAUCAAAGAGGCCAUCGAGCAGAGAAACCGGUUCGCUUCUGGUCACAUUGCUUACAUCCAGUCUUUAAGGCGUGUCUCCCUUGCUCUUUGUACUUAUGUUGGUGGAGAUGAAGACCAUGGCUUCUUCUUCUUAGAUUCCUACACAACACCACCAUUGACACAGGUCAGAAAGGUAAGCCCUGAAGUCAUCUCAAUUCCUUUAAAAUGCUUCACACUGACACCAACCAAGCCAGGCGAAAGCAGCUCUUUUGUUGCGAAUUACUUUAGACCGGGCGAAAUUCCAUCAGUUUCUAUUGAGGAAGUGCCUGAGUCACCAGAAAUUGUGAGAAUUGAAUCCUACUACCCUAUGGAUGAUCAUUAUGGCAUCAAUAGUUCUUUCACCGCAGAUGCUCCACCACCGAGCACAUCAUUCUUCUCUUCACCUUAUAACAGACCAAGCUAUCCACCAGCAUCACCUCAAACCUCAAACUGGGACUUAUUCUGGAACCCUUUCUCAUUGAUGGAUACAUAUGGAUACCCUCCUAUGAACAGUCUUGAUCAGGUAAUAGAUGAUGAUGAGAUAACAGGGUUAAGGAUGGUUCGGAAAGAAGGGAUUCCUGAAUUGGAAGGAGAGGAAGACAAAAAUAACAAAGAGAAUGAAGAAUCUGUGAAGGUGGAAAUGGUAAAGAAACCAAAGGUUGUCCCAGAACAUACUGGAGAAAAGGUCAGCAGAGAUAGAGAUAAAGAUGAUGACAAAACUAGGAAGGUGAAUGAAGUGAAGGAGCUUCAGUCUCAAGGCACAGAGAGUAUGGAAGUAUCAGAAUCUAGGAAGGCCAUGGUUCUUGAGGUCAAUAACGAGCAGGGAGUCGUGAGCAAUAGAGAGAGUACACAAGAAACUCCUCGUUUUACAGUAUAUGUGAACAGAAGACCCACAAGUAUGGCAGAAGUUAUGAAGGAUGUAGAGGGGCAGUUCUUGAGAAUUUGUGAUUCUGCUAACGAGGUUUCAGUGAUGUUGGAAGCAAGCAGAGCUCAGAAAUCCUCGAACUCAAUAGCAGUUUGGAUGUUGAACCCAGCUUCUUUGUUCCAUUCAACAUCAUCCCUUUCAUCAUCUUCUAGGCUCCUCAAAGCUUCUUCCACUUCGAGGGAUGAUGGCAAUGAAAAUGGUGGUAAUCACUCAGAGGAAUCUCUUAUGAUAUCUGGAAGCCACAAGUCAACCCUGGACAGAUUAUAUGUAUGGGAAAAGAAGCUAUAUGAAGAAGUCAAGGCUGAAGAACUUUUGCGUAUAGCAUAUGAGAAGAAAUGCAUGCAGCUUAGGAGUCAAGAUCUGAAAGGGGCAGAGCCUUCUGUUGUUGAUAAAACAAGAGCUGCGAUAAGAGAUCUCCAAACUCGGUUAAAAGUUUCUAUAAAUUCAAUGGAGUAUGUUUCAAAAAGGAUUGAAACGUUACGUGAUCAGGAAUUAUAUCCACAGCUUGUGGAUUUGAUACGAGGGUUAGCGAGGAUGUGGACGGCCGUGGCGGAGUGCCACCGGAUCCAGAAGCGCACAAUAGACGAGGCCAAGCUCCUCCUCUUCUCCUCCUCCCCCGCCGCAGUCCCCGCCGGAGCUCCGCCGCCAAGGGCCUCCCGCUCCGCCGCCCGCCUCGAGGCAGAGAUCCGGAACUGGCGCUCCUGCCUCGCGGCCUGGAUCGAGGCCCAGCGGUCCUACGCCCGCGCCCUCGCCGGCUGGAUCCUCCGUUGCGCGCCGCCCACGAGGGACACCGGCGACCAGUCGGCGCAGGUGUCGCCGCUUUCCGGCGCCAGCGGAGCGCCCCCGCUCUACGGGGUCUGCGUGCGGUGGUCCCGGGUGCUCGACGCGGUCGACGAGAAGAAGGCGAUCGAGGGCGUGGAUUUCUUCGCGGCGGGGGUAGGGUCGGUGACCGGGCAGCUGAGGGAGGGGGCGGCGGCGGCGGCGGAGGGGCUGGGGAUGAUGACGGCGGAGGCCUGCGCGAGGGUGCUGUGCGCGGGGAUGUCGGUCGCCGCCGGAACACUUGCGGAAUUCGCCGGCGCGUCGGCGGAGGGGUACGAGGCGUUGCUGAAGACCUGGGAGGAGGGUGGAAGGGAAGGUGGGGUGGAUUCGUAGUAUGGGAACAGUUUGGGCUGAUAACUUAUCCGUGAUUAAUAUUAAGUUCUUAAUCGCAAUAUAUGUGACAAUCUCAAGCAUGGCUACCAGUUCAAUUAUGUGACAAUCUCAAGCUUGG